AUGGACCAGGAAUCAACGGAUAUAUUUGCGGGAGAUCUCUCCAUUGAGGAAUUCGACAUCGAUUUCGAAUUCGACGCACCUCGAUUCUAUGAUUUCUCCAAACCGGAACUCGAUUCAGAAACAGAGGAAACAGAGCUCUGGUUUGAAUUAGCUGGAAACUAUCCUCCUUCGCCAUUUAGCCUAAGUUUGAGCUGGAGUUUCGACGACAAACAUCUCAACAUCCCCAAACCCAUCUCAGAUAAAUACAACGGGUUCAUAUAUUAUAACCAAACAGCUAAAGAUGUUCCCAAUACAAUACCAAAGUCAAAAACAAAACCUUUUAUACGAAAGAACUCAACUUUGACGAGACCCACUGCUUCUUUGUUGGCAAGACAGAACAAACCUCUUGACAUUUACUCUGUUCAACUUCUCUCAAGAUGUCAGAGAUCAUUGGGGAAAUUCGAUGACAAGAUCUCUUCUCUCUUAAACUCUAUGCCUCAAACCCAAGAUACCAAAAGGCAAAAACUUGAAUCCGGCUUCAUACGCAAGAUAUCGCGGUCGGAACAAACUUCUUUUGUACAUAAGGUUCCAAGGAAGGCAUCCAAAGUCACUGUUCCAAAAGAGCCAAACCUCAAGACUGCUCAGAGAGCUUCAAGACACCGGUUUAAGGCUAGUUCAGCACCUGAACAGAUCGCCAAAUUCAGCUCUACUAUGAAUAAAACAGUGCGUUUGCAGGUCCAAGAAAGUUCUGCAACAUCUUUGCCUAAAAAGAAUACGUCUCGCUCUCAAGAUAUCCAGGUCUAA